UUAUUGGUAAACAAAAUUUUUUCUUAAACAAUGAUUAGAAUGAGUUAAACAAGUUGAAUCUUUUUAUUGAAAUUAUUGCAUGUGAUAGUGAAUUAAAGUUCUUUAUUGCUGUUCCAAUGAAUGAAGGAGAUGGUGAAACGAAAGUAUAGAAGAGUUGCUGAUCUUGCCUGACGACCUUCGUUUAUUUUACUUGUUUCUUGAAAUUUUUCCUCCAUCAAUUGAUUGUUUCUUUGUUCAAUCGUAAUUUUCUUUACAAUUGAUUGGUUGUCUCUUAUAUUAAUAUUAACCAUUCCGAAUCUACUGAUCUUGAGGUUGUUCUAAUCAGACCUCUACUCGUUAUGAAUUUACCUCAACUUAUCGAAAUUAAUGGAUAAACUUACUUAAUCCUUUCUUUCUUUCCUCCUAACUCGUCGUCUUUUCUUGCCACUUGUUUUUCCAAUCGUCUCAACUCAAUGUGAAUACUGUUUAUCAAGAAUUGUUGAACCUUAUUUUCCAUAUUUUAAAUUGAUUUAAAUUUUUAUUUUCAUAGUGAUACCAGCAAAAACAAUAAUGACUCCAUACUUUUGUACAGCGUUCUUGUUUCGUGGAUGCAUUCGCCGGGCAAUUUUGGCAAUGUUAUCACUUUUUUAUGGAUAUUUUGUAUUAAUUUACACCUUUUUUUCAAUGAUACGCUACAGGAGACAAUAUUUUCAAAUCCGAAGAAGAGAAAGUCAACCAAGCUGUUUAAGAAAUUCUGUUUAUGGUGUACAUUCAACAAUAAGAGUAAAUGAUGUUAAUUUACAUUAUGUUGCUAAAGGUAAUCCGGAAAAGGAUCUUUUAUUAUUCGUUCAUGGGUUCCCUGAUUUCUGGUUCACCUGGAGAAACCAAAUGACAAAAUUUGACAACUUUUACACUGUUGCGUUGGAUUUAAGAGGUUUUAAUGAGUCUGACAGAUUACCUUACCUCAAAAGUUAUGAAUUUGAUUCUAUACUCAAUGAUUUAAUGGAGUUUAUAAAGGCUCUUGGUAAAGAAAAGGCUAUCCUGGUUGGUCAUGAUAUUGGUGGUUGUAUAAUAAGUCUUUUUGCAACCAGGCAUCCAGAGAUGGUCGAUAAAUUAGUCCUCGUUAAUUCAACUCAUUUAAGGCUGUAUAUUGAGACCCUUGCUUCAGAUCUGCAACAAUUUUUCCUUUCCUGGCAAAUCUUUUUCUAUCAACUUCACCUAUUACCAGAAUUUGUGAUACUCGGUAAAGAUUUUGCUUUCCUUGAAAACACUUUCCGUUCACCCGAUGGAAUUCCUUUGUUAAAUGAAGAUGAGCUGGAAGCGUACAAGUAUACUUUUGCCAGGCCUGGAGCAGUUUCUUGUGCACUCAACUAUUUCCGAGCCAAUGUGGAUUGCCUUAAAAAUGUUGAUACAAAGAAAAAAGUUGGCCAACCAACGUUGAUUAUUUGGGGAGAAAAUGAUCAAAUUUUGUGCGCUAAAUUGGGUUCAAAGGAGGCUCUCAAAAGAUAUUUUACUUCUGUCGAAGUAAAAAAUAUCCCUAAAGUUGGACAUUACGCUCAUAUUGAACUACCUCAUGAUGUCAGUGAUUCCAUUCAUAAAUUCAUUACCUCUUCUGGUUAAAUACAAUACGAUGAUACACAUUCUCAUGCAUUUCCAUUUGUCUUUCUUAUUCUUCAAAGAUGUCCGAUUCCAUUAUUUUCAACUUUUCUGCGACUCAAUUCAACAUAACAGCGGAAGGCAUCUAUUUUUUAUACAAUUUUACUCAAUGUAAUCUGAAAAGUCAAUCACCAUUACAAGUUGUUCUGGUUUAAAGACAAUCUCAGGAUUAUUUUAAACCGUUGAUUAAGCAAAUCAACUAAUUAAAGUUUUAUUUUUAAAAAUAA